AUGUCCGCUCCUGUGCAGGCCGAGGGACGGGUGAUGGGCCGCCGUUUUGUGCUAACACUGGUGAUUGGGAUCUCGGCCGGUUUUAGUUUCGCGUAUAUACUGCUCACCUCUUCGGGUCUAACGCGCGACGUGGCUUGGUACACCGGCAACAGCAGGGAGGCGGCGCGUGAUUUUGAGAAGCACCCGCUGCCCAGUGUUGUGGAGCACGGAAGCGAGGAACCCGCCCACCGCGAUGAGGACAGGUCAAUCGCCGACGAGCUGUCGCGACGCGUCAGGUACUAUGCUGGGUCA